GGCAACUCGCAGUGCAGAUAGCCCUCCCAUUCGUAUCCCCCUUCUCUCGUCACUGCAUCUCCUGGUCGAUUGCGCACUAUGCGCUUGUGCGCGCGUCUCUUAUCGCGUACAGGUCUAAGCGACUCGGGAGCCUCGCAGCGUCGAGCCCUGCUGAUGAUCAGGGCUGCGACGAGCAAUCUCAGCCGUCCAUUCUCAUCCAGCCGCGCUACCAACCGCGUUCUCCCCACGGCCAACUUUGUCCCGAAAACGUCCGCGACAAGAGCUUGCUUCGUUACAGACUCAUCCACGCGGCGCGUUAGACCUCUACACUCCGCUAGUAGUGGGCUCACAACCCGUCAAAGCCCCACACCCGCAACUGGCCACGUCAUCGCGUCCACGUCAUCCGGCUUAAGCGCCAGCGAAAAUAGGGCGUUUGCCAGCUCGAUGCAGUCAUUGCUGACUCAGCAGACUGGAGCCGCUUUGGGCGAGGUUUCAAGGGCGGAUCAGGGUUUAAGAGGGGCUGAAGGGUUGGGAAAAACAGCGGCUCCAGAUUCAAGGGCUCGAGAGGGUUUGAUAAGGGGGUUAAGAGAGGCGGAGGAGCUACAUGAAACAAAUGGGUCGAACGAGUCUCUCGCAGUGGGCGCAACUCCCCCAAUAAGCGCGCCCCCCGCAAGUGGCGCGCCCUCCGCGAUGGGCGCGCGGAGGCGGCACCUGGAAGCGCUGCUGCGCGCCGAGCUGCCGUGGAUGGGGGGAGGGCUGGACCCCCUGGUGGUGCGGAUUAUGGGGGAGGUGGUGGAGAUAGAGGAGAGGAUGCGAGGGGGGGAGGAAGGUGGUUUCCAGGCUCCUCAAAGGCAGAUAAUGGGGGAGUUAUUGGAGAUAGAGGAGAGAAUGAGAGGGGGGCAGGGAGUGAGAGCGGAGGAGGGAGUGAGGGGGGAGGAGGGGAAAGUGGGAGGGGAGAUGAAGGAGCGAGAAGGGCGAGAGGUGGGGGCUAAGAGUGGGGGGGAGAGGAGAGAAGGGGAGGAGAGGGAGGGGGAGAGGAGUGGAGGGCAAGGGGGGGAAGUGGAGCUGGGAGAGGACGAGGAUGAUGGGUACUUGGACGAGAGCCCAGGAGCAGAGGCAAUCGAGGCGUGGUUCCGCACGGCAUACCUGAACCCUGAGAGGAAGAGGGUGGACGGGGAGGGGUGUCUGCGCGCCUUUGCUGCCCGGCAGAUGGCGGUCAAGCUCAUCACGGCGUACAGAGGGGCGUGCAGACAGUGUUGGCUACCAAGGGAGGACUGCACGUGUGAUGAGGUGUCUCCCAACCCCGCUCUGCUGAAAAACGUGGUUAUUUGGCUCUACAUGCACCCCAAGGACUUUCUGCGGCGCAACAACACGGGGAAGCUCCUGUGGCAGGUGCUCGGCGGAGACGCUGCAAGGCUGUGCGUGUUUGGCAUCAACGCCCAUGAGGAGCGCAUGUGGGACGAGCUGACGCGAGCAGGUCCCAGCUCUGUGUGGUGCGUGUACCCAGCCUCCACUCCCCCCCCUGCCACUGUGCCAACCAUGCGCCUACCCUCCUCCUUCUCCUUCUUUUCGUCCCCGGCGAGUAAGAGACAGAGGCACAUUGAGACUUGUCAUGGCACUGCCAAUGUUGCCUCUGGUAGUGCUAAUACUGCUGCCGCUUUGGGGGCGGCAGCAGAGGUAGCAGCAGCAGCAGCAGCAGCCGCAACUGAGGCAGCAGCAGGAGCAGCAGAGGCAGCAGCAGGAGCAGCAGAGGCAGCAGCAGGAGAGGCAAUGGCGAGUGGGAGUGCAUCGGUGGAAUCAGGGGCGAGCGGCAGUGCAGCGCCUGCAGCAGCGUCGCCGUCGUCAUCCUCGCUUCACUUCAUUUUGAUCGACGGCACGUGGAGCAACUCCAAGGCGAUGAUUGCACGGCUCAAGGAAGCAGCACAUGCAGCAUGGGAUGGGACAGACCUGCCGUUUCUCUCCUUGCAACCGCCUCAGCCAUCAGUCAUGCACGGCCUCAGGCCCCAACCAGCUGAAGACAAGACGUGCACAGCAGCAGCGGCAUCGAGUCUUUUGCGAGAGCUCGGCCAACGGGAGGAGAUGAAUGCAGAGCACCUGUCGAGAGCAGCCGAUGCAAUAGACGGCGCAUUGCUGUGCCUGCUUGACGCUCUCACUGACCGAAGGCGGAGGUCCGGCAGGCCUGGACUUAGGCUCGGCUUGGGUCGAAACGCAAGACCAUUCUGAUGCUGUAGUUCAUUUUUGUGUAUUAUACGGAUUUGGGUCAUACAGGAAACAAUGCGCAGUUUCAAAGUUU